AAUAUAAAAAUUACAAGAUAAAAUGGAUUAAAGAAAUGCAUUGGAUGGUAUGCAAAAAUGAAAGUGGACAAAAAGAGUGGGACGGAGGGAGUAAUUGAUUAAUAAUUAUUGAAAAAUGCAAAAAUUUCUUCUCACAUUUUAAAACUCCGUACACAUUUGCAUUCAUAAAUAGAACAUCUGGAUCGAUCUUCUCCCCUACAAUGGCGCUGCCGGCAUCGUCCAAGGGGGUGACAAUAUCGGUGCCGGUGCUUGCUCUCUUCGCGGCGGCGGCAGCCUUCUUCAUCUUCUUUUUGUUUACCUCUGUCUCUUCACCCUCAUCUACCGCUCCCUGCUCUUGCCCUACAUCCGCGGACCGCUCUGCCUCCGACAUUGCUAGGCCUGAGGGGCGGAUCUCGGCGUCGGCAGAGGAUAUUGAGUGGCUGAAGAGGCAGAUCCAGGAAAACGGACUCCAUAUGAGGCAAAAUGUGCUCCGCAAAGGGAUUAACCCUCGCACUCGCCAACAACAGCUCCAGGAUCUUCUUCAGUUCAAGGGCAUAUCACACUAUGAAGGAGAGGAGGCAAAUAAUCACACAGCUCUCCCUUGUCCGGGUGAGCUCCUUGUUGAAGAACAUCACAGCAAUUAUGGGGAGCCAUGGGCAGGAGGGCGAGACGUAUUUGAAUUCCUCGCGAACUCUGUUCAUCUGUCUCCGAAUUCCAGAGUCCUAGAGAUCGGAUGUGGGACCCUCCGCGUUGGGUUGCAUUUUAUCCGGUACUUGAAUCCCGAGAAAUUCCACUGUCUCGAAAGAGACGAGCUGUCCCUAAUGGCUGCUUUGAGGUACGAGCUUCCCUCCCAAGGUUUAUUAUCCAAACGCCCUCUUAUUCUAAGAGGCGAAGACAUGGAGUUCAAUAAGUUUGGGUCCGAAACAAUGUACGAUUUGAUAUAUGCAAGUGCUGUUUUCUUGCAUAUGCCCGACAAGCUUGUAUGGGUUGGGUUAGAGAGGCUUGUCGGUAAGUUGAAACCUUUCGUAGGCCGUAUUUUUGUGUCACACAAUAUAAAGUUCUGUUCAAGAUUAGGAGGAGAUGAAUGUACAAAAAGGUUAGGUGGUCUUGGCCUAGAGUAUCUAGGGAAGCACACUCAUGAUAGUUUGCUUUUCAACCAUUAUGAGGUUUGGUUUGAGUUUAGGAGAUUCAAGGAAUAGAGAGUGUUUGUCUUUGUUUACAUUUGUAGAAAAGUGAUUAUUUUGUAUACAGAAUUCAAAAGCACCUCAGAGAUGCUUCUGUGUUG